UCUUACACUAUGCCAGUGACCCUCCUCUCCCCUCUGCACUUCCCAGGAGGAGCCGAUCACUUUCUGUGAGGAAGCCUUCGUGUCCCACUACCGCUCUGGAGCCAUGAGGCAGUUCCUGCAGAACGCCACGCAGCUGCAGCUCUUCAAGCAGUUUAUUGAUGGUCGAUUAGAUCUUCUCAAUUCCGGCGAAGGUUUCAGUGAUGUUUUUGAAGAGGAAAUCAACAUGGGCGAGUACGCUGGCAGUGACAAACUGUACCAUCAGUGGCUCUCCACCGUCCGGAAAGGAAGUGGAGCAAUUCUGAAUACUGUAAAGACCAAAGCAAACCCAGCCAUGAAGACUGUCUACAAGUUCGCAAAAGAUCAUGCAAAAAUGGGAAUAAAAGAGGUGAAAAACCGCUUGAAGCAAAAGGACAUUGCUGAGAAUGGCUGCACCCCCACCCCAGAAGAGCAGCUGCCAAAGACUGCACCGUCCCCCCUGGUGGAGGCCAAGGACCCCAAGCUCCGAGAAGACCGGCGGCCAAUCACAGUCCACUUUGGACAGCUGCAGAGACUGCGUCCCACCCGACCGCCUCCCAAGAUACAGCGCUCGAGGCCCGUGCGCCCGCCUCGUCCUCAUGUUGUUAAGAGACCAAAGAGCAACAUCACAGUGGAAGGCCGGAGGACAUCUGUGCCGAGCCCUGAGCACCUGGUAAAGCCCUUACGACACUACGCGGUCUUCCUCUCCGAAGACUCCUCUGACGAUGAAUGCCAGCGGGAAGAGGGCCCAAGCUCUGGCUUCACCGAGAGCUUUUUCUUCUCUGCUCCCUUUGAAUGGCCACAGCCGUAUCGGACACUCAAGGAGUCAGACAGUGCGGAAGGCGACGAGGCAGAGAGUCCAGAGCAGCAAGUGCGGAAACCCGCAGGCCCCAUCCCAGCUCCCACUGACCGGGCUGCCAGCAUCGACCUUCUGGAAGACGUCUUCAACAACCUGGACAUGGAGGCCGCAUUGCAGCCACUGGGCCAGGCCAAGAGCUUGGAGGACCUUCGUGCCCCCAAAGACCUGAGGGAGCAGCCAGGGACCUUUGACUAUCAGAGGCUGGACCUGGGCGGGAGUGAGAGAAGCCGCGGGGUGACAGUGGCCUUGAAGCUUACCCACCCAUACAACAAGCUCUGGAGCCUGGGCCAGGACGACAUGGCCAUCCCCAGCAAGCCCCCAGCUGCCUCCCCUGAGAAGCCCUCGGCCCUGCUUGGGAACUCCCUGGCCCUGCCUCGAAGGCCCCAGAACCGGGACAGCAUCCUGAACCCCAGUGACAAGGAGGAGGUGCCCACCCCUACUCUGGGCAGCAUCACCAUCCCCCGGCCCCAAGGCAGGAAGACCCCAGAGCUGGGCAUCGUGCCUCCACCACCCAUUCCCCGCCCGGCCAAGCUCCAGGCUGCCGGCGCCGCACUUGGUGACUUCUCAGAGCGGCUGCAGGUGGAUCGGGACAGGCGAGCUGCCCUGAGUCCAGGGCUCCUCCCUGGUGGUGUCCCCCAAGGCCCCACUGAACUGCUCCAGCCACUCAGCCCCAGCCCUGGGGCUGCAGGCACGAGCAGUGAUGCCCUGCUCGCCCUCCUGGACCCGCUCAGCACAGCCUGGUCAGGCAGCACCCUCCCGCCACGCCAUGCCGCCCCGAAUGUAGCCACCCCAUUCACCCCCCAAUUCAGCUUCCCCGCUGCGGGGACACCUGCCCCGUUCCCACAGCCGCCGCUCAACCCCUUUGUCCCAUCCGUGCCGGCAGCCCCACCAACCCUGUCCCUGGUCUCCGCACCAGCGGGGCCUUUUGGGGUCCCUCCAGCUUCCCUGGGGCCGGCUUUUGCGUCCAGCCUCCUGCUGUCCAGCGCUGGCUUCUGUGCCCCUCACAGGUCUCAGCCUAACCUCUCUGCCCUCUCCAUGCCCAACCUCUUUGGUCAGAUGCCCAUGGGCACCCACACAAGCCCCCUACAGCCGCUGGGUCCCCCAGCAGUUGCCCCAUCGAGGAUCCGAACGUUGCCCCUGGCCCGCUCAAGUGCCAGGGCUGCUGAGGCCAAGCAGGGGCUGGCCCUGAGGCCUGGAGACACCCCACUUCUGCCUCCCAGGCCCCCCCAAGGCCUGGAGCCAACACUGCGGCCCUCUGUUCCUCAACAGGCCAGAGACCCCUUUGAGGAUUUGUUACAGAAAACCAAGCAAGACGUGAGCCCAAGUCCGGUCCUGGCCCCGGCCCCGGCCCCAGACUCGGUGGAGCAGCUCAGGAAGCAGUGGGAGACCUUCGAGUGAGCCAGGCCGUGAGGGCAGGGGAUGCACCAAGGCCCAAGGGUCCGUCCACUGCUGCGGUUCCGAGGGUCCCCGCCACGCUCUCCGCCCAGGUUCUGCUGCUGGGAAGGAAUGGGACCCCUCUCUGCUGCCCCCUCCUCCCCUCCACACUGCCCAUCUCUGAGGUCUGGCCCUGCGGAAUGGCACCAGUUCCAGUCUGGGAAUCAACCCAGUUCCUGAGUGCCCAUCCCACCCCGCGGUUGCCCGUCCUCGGCACCCUUGAUUGGGUUUUGCACUAAAGAGGUCAGCUGGGCCAAUGAUUGCCCCAGACCAAGUCCUACCCACCUUCCCCCUGGAAGUGUCCCGAGAGGCUCCGAAGGCCUAUCCUCUGAGCCCAGCUCUCCUGUUCCACCACAGCCAGGCCCUGCACGCCCACCUCCUCGGACACAAGUGUCAGGGUUACCCUCUGGUGUGAGCUCCUCUGCAUGAGACACAGGCGGCUUGGGGUUGAAGUUAGGACUCCUCCUGGGCUGGAGGACUUACCUGGUGGGGCACUUCCAGACUGUUUCUAGCAAUAUACACGUUCUUUCCUGUGUCUUCACCCCAAAACUUCAGUUGAUUCUGACCUGGGAGGGUCUGGGGACCAGGGGGUCUGGACUGCCUUGUGAUGCCCAGCCCCAGCCACCCUGCACGGGGACUGCGAGCACCAGCAACAUUGAUUGAUUUAUAGAAGGAAAAUAGAAACCCCCAUCUGAGUGUUUUGGGGGAGCCCCCACCCCCUCAUCCAACUCUCUGGUACUCUGAUACCUCCAGGUUCUCUUCUCACUGUCAAAGCUGGGUCUCAGCCUCUUGUCAUCUGGCGCUUUGUGGGCAAAGCUGAGAAGCUGCGACCCAGACAUCAACUCGAAGGUCGAGCUGAAUGCCUCAGACUGAUGCGGAGGCAGCUGUCCUUCCUGGGUUGGAAAGAGGCAGUGGCCCUGAGCCCCUUCUCCAGAGCCGGGUAGAAAGGACAAACUUGGUCUCUGCCUCAGAGAAGCAGGAGAAGGGCUAGAAGCCAGUCCCUCCCCACCUGCCCAGAGCUCCAGGCCAGCACAGAAAUUCCUGAGGCCACCAUCACCAAAGUUACAGUGAAUGUUUUAUUGUUUAUCUUUUUCCUUUUUACCUUAUUGAUUUGAUGAGUCUUGAAAUUGAUUCAUUUCCAUAAACCAAGUUAAAGUAUGCCCUGACCAUUUAAGAAAACAACCAUCUGAGACACGCAGGAAAUUGUGAGCGUUUCGACCCGAGCUCUCAUUUCCUAUUCGGGAUGGGUCAGACAGACACACAGUCUACCCAGGGGUGUCUGAGGGGGACAAGGCGGGGGGGGGGGGGUGUCUCUGGAGAUCUGUCACCCAGGGAGCCCCCUCUGUGUCUAAGAGGCCACCAAUGCUGCACAUGGUCAGGGAGGUUUGGUGGCCAUCCUGGCACAUGGCUUUUCCUGGGCCAGCGGUGACCUGUCUGCCUCAGGAAUGGGCUCUGGCUGCUUGGGGAGCCGUGUCACUCCUGGGCCAUGGGGGCACCUCCCGGGCACUUAGGUGUUUCACAGAGAUUCCAGUUUCACUCCCUGGGCAGAUCCCCAGGCCCCAUCCGGGAUAGGGCAGAGGAGGCGCUAGCAGCCCCAGGGAAGGAGGGUAUGUACCCCAAGGCCCCCUGGCUGUGCUGGGGGACUGGGGUGAGCGCUCCAUGUUCACAUGAGCACUGCUGCCUCUUCACUUGUGGGACUGACUUUGCAAACCCAAGGAUGAACUUUGUGUGCAUUCAAUAAAAUCAUCUUGGGGAAGA